AUGGAUAACUCUGAUAAAUACAAACUGUCGUCGAGGUUCGCGUACACUACCCAACAAGAGUUGACUCGUCAUCGACGCGCCAUAACCCAGGCCCCCAACCAUCCAUUGCCUACGUACAAGCUGGUGGUGGUCGGUGACGGUGGUGUGGGUAAAAGCGCGAUCACCAUUCAAUUUUUUCAGAAAAUGUUUGUAGCUGAUUAUGAUCCAACCAUCGAAGAUAGCUAUAUUCAACACACGUGCGUCGACGAUGAGUUCUGCGUGCUUGAUGUGUUGGACACGGCCGGCCAAGAAGAGUUCAGUGCGAUGCGAGAGCAGUACAUGAGAAAAGGAGACGGUUUCAUGAUUGUCUAUUCGGUCACCGACCCGAACAGUUUCAAAAACGUUCCUAAUUUUUUCACUCAGAUACUUCGGGUCAAAGACAGAGAUGAAUAUCCAAUACUGCUGGUGGCCAACAAGGUGGACCUGGUGCACUUGCGCAAGAUCAGUGAGAGUGAAGGUCGCGCAAUGGCCGACCGAUUGCAUUUACCGUACAUGGAGACCAGUGCCAAAGAUCCGCCUCAAAACAUCGACGGCGCUUUCCACGAGGUAGUUCGCAUCAUACGGAACCAUCCUAAAGAAUUGUCUGAAAAUCGUCGUCGUAGACGACCUAAAUGCUUAAUCAUGUAAACCACAAUGUCUUGCCAACAUCAUAUUGUGAAAGUGCCUGAAGAAAUGAAAACAAUUGUCAAAUUUAGCAUAAGUCAAAAUAAAAAGUAAUCCUAAUUUA